AUGUUCAGCUGGUUGGGUACCGAUGACAGGAGGAAGAAGGAUCCUGAGGUCUUUCAGACAGUCAGCGAUGGCCUCAAGAAGCUCUACAAAACCAAACUGUUGCCCUUGGAGGAACACUACAAGUUCCACGAGUUCCACUCGCCCGCCUUAGAGGAUGCCGACUUUGACAACAAACCCAUGGUUCUCCUUGUGGGGCAAUAUUCCACUGGAAAGACCAGCUUCAUACGGUACGUCUGUGUUUGAAAUGUUACUGGUGAGUACUUUGCUUGCCGAUCAGUAGGCCAAAACACUAGAGAGUUAUGCACCGAUAUGCAAACAGAGGGGACAUUAAAUGCAUGGCAGUCACUGCAUAUUCACAGCUUGAUGCAAGAAUGAGCUUUUAUUGAACAAAACAAUUAUCCUAGGGAGAUAAAUCUGUUAGUGUUUGGGUUGACUGGAUGGUUGACUGGGUUCCAGUUCAACCUUGGGCAGACACAGGUCAAAUAUUGACAUAUGGUACUCUGACUUGAGAAGAGGGAUAAUACAUUCCAACAGACAAAAAUGCUUUCUUGGUUAUACAGCAUUCACUUGGUACUGUAUAGAUGAGUUUACAAAAAGAUAGAAGUAGAUUAUGGGAAUCUAGCGUUAUCAUAUGUUAUUAUCAUUGGUGUAAAGUACUUAAGUAAAAAGUACUACUUAAGUAGUUUUUUUUUUGUAUCUGUACUUUACUUUAGUAUUUAUAUUUUUGACAACUUUUACUUCACUACAUUCCUGAAGAAAAUAAUGUACUUUUUCCUCUGUACGUUUUCCUGAAACCCAAAAGUAUUCGUUACAUUUGGAAAGCUUAGCAGGACAGGAAAAUGAUCCUAUGUUCAAGAGAACGUCCCUGGUCAUCCCUACUGCCUCUGAUCUGGCAGACUCACUAAACACAAAUGCUUUGUUUGUAAAUUAUGUCAGAGUGUUGGAGUGUGACCCUGGUUAUCCGUAAAUAAAUUAAAAUAACUAGAAAAUUGUGCCUUCUGGUUUGCUUAAUAUAAGGAAUUUGAAAUGAUUUAUACGUUCACUUUUACUUUUAAUACUUAAGUAUAUUUUUGCAAUUACAUUUACUUUUGAUACUUAAGUAUAUUUAAAACCAAAUACUUGAGACAUUUACUCAAGUAGUAUUUUACUGUGUGUGUGUGUGUGUGUGUGUGUGUGUGUGUGUGUGUGUGUGUGUGUGUGCGUGUAUAUGAGAGGGGUUGGGAAAAUAAGCAGAGGACACAUUUCCAUCUCAUAUGGACUAAGUACACUACAUGACCAAAAGUAUAUGGACACCUGCUCGUCAAACAUCUCAUUCCAAAAUCAAGACCUCGCUUUGUGCACGGGGGCAUUGAAACAGGAAAGGGCCUUCCCCAAACUGUUGCCACAAAGUUGGAAGCACAGACUCAUCUAGAAUGUCAUUGUAUGCUGUAGCAUUUCCCUUCACUGGAAUUACGGGGCCUAGCACAAACCAUGAAAAACAGUCCCAGACCAUUAUUCCUCCUCCACCAAACUUUACAGUUGGCACUAUGCAUUGGGGCAGGUAGCGUUCUCCUGGUAUCUGCCAAACCCAGAUUAAUCUGUCGGACUGCCAGAUGGUGAAGCGUGAUUGAUCACUCCAGAGAACGCGUUUCCACUGCUCCAGAGUCCAAUGGCAGUGAGCUUUACACCACUCCAGCCGACGCUUGACAUUGCACAUGGUGAUCUUAGGCUUGUAUGCAGCUGCUCGGCCAUGGAAACCUAUUUCAUUAUGCUCCCGAUGAACAGUUCUUGCGCUGACGUUGCUUCCAGAGGCAGUUUGGAACUCAGUAGUGAGUGUUGCAACUGAGGACAUACGGUUUUUACACGCUGCGCACUUCAGCAAUCGGUGGUCCCAUUUUGUGAGCUUGUGUGGCCUACCACUUCACGGCUGAGCCGUUGUUGCUCCUAGACGUUUCCACUUCACAAUAACAGCACUUACAGUUGACCAGCUCUAGCAGGGUAGAAAUUUGACGAACUGACUUGUUGGAAAGGUGGCAUCCUAUGAACACAUUUAAAGCUCUUCAGUAAGGCCAUUCUACUGCCAAUGUUUCAUGUGGAGUUUGCAUGGCUGUGUGCUCGAUUUUAUACACCUGUCAGCAAUGGGUGUGGCUGAAAUGGCUGAAUCCACUAAUUUGAAGGGGUGUCCACCAGUGGAGGCUCCUCAGAGGAGGAAGGGGAGGACCAUCCUCCUCAGUGAAUUUCAUACAAAUUUCAAUUGUAAAACAUUAAAAAAGUUAUCCUUUUUAGAUAAAACUAUACUAAAUAUAAUCACAUCACCAAAUAACUGAUUAAAACACACUAUUUUGCAAAGAAGGUCUACAGUUGCCUCAACAACACUCUGUAGGGUAGCACAAUGGUGUAGCUGGAGGACAGCUAGCUUCCGUCUUCCUCUGGGUACAUUGACUUCAAUACAAAACCUAGGAGGCUCAUGGUUCUCACCUCCUUCCAUAGACUUACACAGUAAUUAUGACAACUUCCGGAGGACGUCCUCCAGCCUAUCAGAGCUCUUGCAGCAUGAACUGACAUGUUGUCCACCCAAUCAAAGGAUCAGAUAAUUAAUCUAGUACUAAAAGCAUAAGCUCCAGCUAGCUAGCACUGCAGUGUAUAAAAUGUGGUGAGUAGUUGACUCAAAGAGAGAGAAAGACAAUAGCUGAACAGUUUUGAACAAAGUAAUUUCUUCCAAAUUGAAGGAGAAGCAAGAGAGAAAUAGAGAGAGAGAGAUUUAGUUUUACUUAUGUCACGGCCGUCGUUAGAUGAAGCGGACCAAGGCGCAGCGUGAUAUGCGUACAUUCUUUUAUUUCAGUACACAACACAAACCAAAACAACAAAACAAACGAUACGUGAAGUCCUGGGUUGAACACAAACCUUCCGGAACAAGAUCCCACAAAACAUACAUGCCAAAAGGCUGCCUAAGUAUGGUCCCCAAUCAGAGACAACGAGCCACAGCUGUCUCUGAUUGGGGACCACCCUGGCCAACAUAGAAAUAAACUAUCUGGAAUGAAACGCAUAGAAAACCAAAUAAUAAACCUACACACCCUGGCUCAACAUUAAAGAGUCCCCAGAGCCAGGGCGUGACAACUUACUUAGCUAGCAAAUGCAGCUAGCUAGUUCAGCCUACUGAAACACCCUGCUCAAACAGAGGGAUGCUAUGUUAGCUAGCUGGCUAUGACUUUCCAACACAACACUGGAACUCUUCCAAGUCAAGGUAAGUUUUUGGUAUUACUAAUUUAUUGCCAAGAAGCCCGCCGGUAUAACUGCUUACUGACUGUAACUAACUAACGUUACUGCAUGAUUGUAGCGGGUUUACUAACGCAUUAUUUCUAUUAUCUAUGCUGACUAUGACGUUACUUUAGCUAAUAUGGUGACAAUGAUAUAGGCUGUUUGUAGAGGUUUGGUUUGGAAAGGUUUUUUCGCCUGGUUACAUACAGCUGAUUUGUUGUGCAUUGAAGUCCUCAAGCGAAGGGAAGAGAAGGAAUACAACGUGGCUGUUAUGAGAGUGAACUCUGUUUACGCGUGAUCAGGGGUGUAUUCAUUCCGCCGAUUCUGUUCAAUACAUUUGUUAAAUGGAAGCAAACAGAACAAAACGGGGAUAAACAUACCUGAAUUUGUCCAAUAGAAACUCUAAUUUGCAACUGUUGGACUAAUGAUUACACCCUAUAUUAGCUAGAUGCAGGCAAGAGUGUGCAAGGCGGUUUUGAAUGUCACUGUCUGUCACCUCAAAUUUGUCUCUCGACCUGUGUAAAUCUAUGUUGUAAACUUUCAUUAAUUGGCUAGGUUGUAGCAGUAGCAACCUCAUGAUGGGUAUAGGGAACAUUUGAGUAUCAUGUAGUAGACUAAACCUAUCGCUGUUACAUUGAACUAGGUGUAUGAAAUAUGAAUGAGAGUCAUCCAAUAUGCUGUAAUAGAAAUAAGGCCAUGCUCAUGAAAAAUAAUCGUCCUCCCUCAUCUUAAACGGCACUGACCGCCACUGGUGUCCACAUACUUUGGUACAGCUGAAGUCGGAAGUUUAUAUACACCUUAGCCAAAUACAUUUAAACUCAGUUUUUCACAAUUCCUGACAUUUAAUCCUAGUAAAAAAUUCCCUGUCUGAGGUCAGUUAGGAUCACCACUUUAUUUUAAGAAUGUGAAAUGUCAGAAUAAUAGUAGAGAUAAUUAUUUAUUUCAGCUUUAAUUUCUUUCAUCAUAUUCUCAGUGGGUCAGAAGUUUACAUACACUCAAUUAGUAUUUGGUAGCAUUGCCUUUAAAUUGAUUAACUUGGGUCAAACGUUUCGGGUAGCCUUCCACAAGAUUCCCACAAUAAGUUGGGUGAAUUUUGGCCCAAUCCUCCUGACAGAGCUGGUGUAACUGAGUCAGGUUAGUAGGCCUCCUUGCUCGCACACGCUUUUUCAGUUCUGCCCACAAAUGUUCUAUAGGAUUGAGGUCAGGGCUUUGUGAUGGCCACUCCAAUACCUUGACUUUGUUGUCCUUAAGCCAUUUUGCCACAACUUUGGAAGUAUGCUUGGGGUCAUUGUCCAUUUGGAAGACCCAUUUGCAACCAAGCUUUAACUUCCUGACUGAUGUCUUGAGAUGUUGCUUCAAUAUAUCCACAUCAUUUUCCUUCCUCAUGAUGCCAUCUAUUUUGUGAAGUGCACCAGUCCCUCCUGCAGCAAAGCACCCCCACAGCAUGAUGCUGCCAUCCCCGUGCUUCACAGUUGGGAUGGUGUUCUUCGGCUUGCGAGCAACCCCCUUUUUCAUCAGACCAGAGGACAUUUCUCCAAAAAGUACGAUCUUUGUCCCCAUGUGCAGUUGCAAACUGUAGUCUGGCUUUUAAUGGUGUUUUUGGAGCAGUGGCUUCUUCCUUGGUAAGCGGCCUUUCAGGUUAUGUCGAUAUAGGACUCGUUAUACUGUGGAUAUAGACACUUUUGUACCUGUUUCCUCCAGCGUCUUCACAAGGUCCUUUGCUGUUGUUCUGGGAUUGAUUUGCACUUUUCGCACCAAAGUACGUUCAUCUCUAGGAGACAGAACGCGUCUCCUUCCUGAGCGGUAUGACGGCUGCGUGGUCCCAUGGUGUUUAUACUUGCGUACUAUUGUUUGUACAGAUGAACGUGGUACCUUCAGGCGUUUGGAAAUUGCUCCCAAGGAUGAACCAGACUUGUGGAGGUCUACAAUUUCUUUUCUGAUUUCUUUUGAUUUUCCCAUGAUGUCAAGCAAAGAGGCACUGAGUUUGAAGGUAGGCCUUGAAAUACAUCCACAGGUACACCUCCAAUUGACUGAAAUGAUGUCAAUUAGCCUGUCAGAAGCUUCUAAAGCCAUGACAAUCAUUUUCUGGAAUUUUCCAAGCUGUUUAAAGGCACGGUCAACUUAGUGUAUGUAAACUUCUGACCCACUGGAAUUGUGAUACAGUGAAUUAUAAGUGAAAUAAUCUGUCUGUAAACAAUUGUUGGAAACCUUACUUGUGUCAGUAGAUGUCCUAACCGACUUGCCAAAACUAUAGUUUGUUAACAAGACAUUUGUGGAGUGGUUGAAAAACAAGUUUUAAUGACUCCAACCUACAGUGAGGGGAAAAAAGUAUUUGAUCCCCUGCUGAUUUUGUACGUUUUCCCACUGACAAAGACAUGAUCAGUCUAUAAUUUUAAUGGUAGGUUUAUUUGAACAGUGAGAGACAGAAUAACAACAAAAAAUCCAGAAAAAAGCAUAUAAAAAAUGUUAUAAAUUGAUUUGCAUUUUAAUGAGGGAAAUAAGUAUUUGACCCCUUUGCAAAACAUGACUUAGUACUUGGUGGCAAAACCCUUGUUGGCAAUCACAGAGGUCAGACGUUUCUUGUAGUUGGCCACCAGGUUUGCACACAUCUCAGGAGGGAUUUUGUUCCACUCUUCGUUGCAGAUCUUCUCCAAGUCAUUAAGGUUUCGAGGCUGACGUUUGGCAACUCGAACCUUCAGCUCCCUCCACAGACUUUCUAUGGGAUUAAGGUCUAGAGACUGGCUAGGCCACUCCAGGACCUUAAUGUGCUUCGUCUUGAGCCACUCCUUUGUUGCCUUGGCCGUGUGUUUUGGGUCAUUGUCAUGCUGGAAUACCCAUCCACGACCCAUUUUCAAUGCCCUGGCUGAGGGAAGGAGGUUCUCACCCAAGAUUUGACGGUACAUGGCCCCGUCCAUCGUCCCUUUGAUGUGAUGAAGUUGUCCUGUCCCCUUAGCAGAAAAACACCCCCAAAGCAUAAUGUUUCCACCUCCAUGUUUGACGGUGGGGAUGGUGUUCUUGGGGUCAUAGGCAGCAUUCCUCCUCCUCCAAACACGGCGAGUUGAGUUGAUGCCAAAGAGCUCCAUUCUGGUCUUAUCUGACCACAACACUUUCACCCAGUUAUCCUCUGAAUCAUUCAGAUGUUCAUUGGCAAACUUCAGACGGGCAUGUAUAUGUGCUUUCUUGAGCAGGGGACAUUGCAGGCGCUGCAGGAUUUCAGACCUUCACGGCGUAGUGUGUUAUCAAUUGUUUUCUUGGUGACUAUGGUCCCAGCUGCCUUGAGAUCAUUGACAAGAUCGUCCCGUGUAGUUCUGGGCUGAUUCCUCACCGUUGUCAUGAUCAUUGCAACUCCACGAGGUGAGAUUUUGCAUGGAGCCCCAGGCCGAGGGAGAUUGACAGUCUUUUGUGUUUCUUCCAUUUGCGAAUAAUCACACCAACUGUUGUCACCUUCUCACCAAGCUGCUUGGCGAUGGUCUUGUAGCCCAUUCCAGCCUUGUGUAGGUAUACAAUCUUGUCCCUGACAUCCUUGGAGAGCUCUUUGGUCUUGGCCAUGGUGGAGAGUUUGGAAUCUGAUUGAUUGAUUGCUUCUGUGGACAGGUGUCUUUUAUACAGGUAACAAACUGAGAUUAGGAGCACUCCCUUUAAGAGUAUGCUCCUAAUCUCAGCCCGUUACCUGUAUAAAAGACACCUGGGAGCCAGAAAUCUUUCUGAUUGAGAGGGGUUCAAAUACUUAUUUCCCUCAUUAAAAUGCAAAUCAAUUUAUAACAUUUUUGACAUGCGUUUCUCUGGAUUUUUGUUGUUUCUGCCUCUCAUUGUUCAAAUAAACCUACCAUUAAUGUUAUAGACUGAUCAUUUCUUUGUCAGUGGGCAAAUGUACAAAAUCAGCAGGGUAUCAAAUACUUUUUUCCCUCACUGUAAGUGUAUGUAAACUUCCGACUUCAACUGUAUAGUGUAUAUCUUAUCUUAUCUUAUCUUAUCUUACACUAAUUAACUGCAUCAAUUUUCCCUUGUAGUCACACCCACUAAACACAGGAAUGUCAGCUGGUCCAUUGAUUUGUCUGCAAACUAGUCCAUGACCAUCGAACAGAUCAUGUUUCCAUGUUAAAUUCCAGCAUUUCCCUAUGGACUGCUAAGUGGCAUGCCAACCAUCACACUUAGUGCUCAUCAAAGGGAAUACAAGGGCAGAUGCAAAAAUCUUGAACCUAAAAGGAAGUGUUUUUCUCUCUCUGAGCCUAUGACAAAGCACACUUUGUUUGGAGAUGGGAGGCCAGAAUUAAAUCGAGCUCCGUGCAGCGAAGGUCACGCAUUUGAUCUAAUAACGGUCACCAUGACUGCCAGCCGAAGAUGCUAAAUAUAGGACAAACACCUUCGCUGAACUGUAAAUUAAAUAACAUUGCUACUCCCAGAGUAACGGCUUGGGAACUCUAUGCAUGUCUAGACUUUAACCAUGUACACUGAACCAAAAUGUUACCCAACAUGCACAAAUUUCAAAUAUUUUACUGAGUUAUAGUUCACAUAAGAAAAUCAGUCAUUUGAAAUAAAUUCAUUAGGCCCUAAUCUAUGGAUUUCACAUGACUGGUAAUACAGAUAUGCAUCUGUUGGUCACAGAUACCUUAAAAAAAGUAGGUGCAUCGAUCAGAAAACCAGUCAGUAUCUGGUGUGAACACCAUUUUGCCUCACAUCUCCUUCGCAUAGAGUUGAUCAGGCUGUUGAUUGUGGAAUGUUGUCCCACUCCUAUGCAAUGGCUGUGCAAAGUUGCUGGAUAUUGGCGGGAACUGGAACACACUGUCGUACACGUCGAUCCUGAGCAUCCCAAACAUGCUGAAUGGGUGACAUGUCUGGUGAGUAUGCAGGCCAUGGAAGAACUGGGACAUUUUCAGCUUCCAGGAAUUGUGUACAGAUCCUUGUGACAUGGGGCCGUGCAUUAUCAUGCUGAAACAUGAGGUGAUGGCGGCGGAUGAAUGGCACGACAAUGGCUCUCAGGAUCUCAUCACGGUAUCUCUGUCCAUUCAAAUUGCCAUCAAUAAAAUGCAAUUGUGUUUCAUUGUCCGUUGCUUAUGCUUGCCCAUACCAUAACCCCCGCGGCACCAUGGGGCACUCUGUUCACAACGUUGACAUCAGCAACCCGCUCGUCCACACAACACCAUACACGCUGUCUGCUAUCAGCCCUGUACAGUUGAAACUGUGAUUCAUUCAUGAAGAGCACACCUCUUCAGCGUGCCAGAGGCCAACGAAGCUGAACAUUUGCCCACCUUUAGUCUGUUACGAUGCCGAACUGCAGUCAGGUCAAGACCCUGGCGAGGACGACGAGCAGAUGAGCUUCCCUGAGAUGGUUUCUGACAGUUUGUGCAGAAGUCAGCUGUCUGGGUGGCUGGUCUCAGACGAUCCUGUAGGUGAAGAAGCUGGAUGUGGAGGUCCUGGGCUGGCGUGGUUACACGUGGUCAGCGGUUGUGAGGCCGGUUGGACUUACUGCCAAAUUCUCUAAAAUGACGUUGGAGGCGGCUUAUGGUAGAGAAAUGAACAUUAAUUUCUCUGGCAACAGCUCUGGUGGACAUUCCUGCCAAUUGCGCGCUCCCUCAAAACAAAAAUAUAAAUCUGUUGCAUUGUGUUGUGUGUCCCCAGCACAAAGUGCACCUGUGUAAUGAUCAUGCUGUUUAAUCAGCUUCUUGAUAUGCCGCACAUGUCAGGUGGAUGGAUUAUCUUGGCAAAGGAGAAACGCUCACUAACAGGGAUGUAAAAUAAUCUGAGAGAAAUAGGCUUUUUGUGCAUAUGGAACAUUUCUGGGAUCUUUUAUUUCAGCUCAUGAAACAUGGACCAACACUUUACAUGUUGUGUAAUAUUUUUGUUCAGUGUAUAAUUAACUACAAUCAAAUAUGUGUGCUGUAUGGGCAGGUGAAAGACAGAAAGUAGUUGAACCUGUUCUGUGUGUUGAUGUGUAGCCUAGUACCCUUUUCCUGCUCUCUACUUGUAUCAUUGCCUUUGUGACAUGUUUCCACAUCAAACUUUACUAGUGAGACUAAGUGCAUCCCUCUUGCUGUGCAGUAAUGCCAGAGCUUGCUAGUAUUUAUCUUGCCAUCCUAAGGCCAAUGGUGAGGUGCAGUCCUCUGGUGUCACUGAUAAACCUUGCUGUCUCCAACCCUCUCAUCCAUUCCCUUAUUGCUAUAGCAACUUAUAGUCACUAAUAGUUUCCAGAGCAACUAGUCCAGGAGUUAUAGAGAGGUGCGACAAGUGCGAGACAUCAGUCUGGAAUCAUGUAGAGCAGGGUAUCCCAAACUCAGUCCUCAGAAACCCAAGGGGUGCACAUUUUGUUUUUUGCCCUAGCACUACACAGCUGAUUAAAAUAAUCAACCAAUCAUCAAGCUUUGAUCAUUUGAAACAGCUGUGUAGUGUUAGGGAAAAAAACUAAAUGUGCACCCCUUAGGGUUCUGAGGACUGAGUUUGGGAUACUAAAUUAGUUUUAGGGCACUUUUACUUCAUAGCCCUUUAUAGAUUGUAGUACUUAUUUGCAAGCAAGUUAUCAUAUUGCGGUUAAGUAAUUGAAUAGCAUUAGAUGAGUAGAGCUUUGUUCUGAUGCUUUUGCAUAUGUGGAUGAGAAUGACAGCUGAGUGUGGGUUGGUUGAUAGGGUUCUGUCUCAGUCUGGCCAUAUGACUGAUAUUAAUUAGGCAGUCCUUUGAAAUACACAGUGACACUAAAACAACAUUCUUUAACCAGGCGUGGUCGUGGUCCCUUGGUACAGACAGAGAGAGAAAUCCCUGAAAUGUCUCUCUGGUUGCGAUUAUACCAGGCAUAUGCUGAAUUCCAGGUAUACCAAUCCCUGGACAAGAUUGGAUUAGAUAUGGACCACAUUUCACCGGAUACAAAUCUCUCACCUCUGGUAGCUUUUAAUAUAAAAAUACUUAAUUUUGUGCUUAGGCACUAUAUAUUGUUUAUUUUGCUAAAGCAUAUUUUGAGGGAUCAGAAAGCACUGACAAAACAUUUAUGCUGAAUCCAGGCCAUAUACAGUGUAUUCUAAAAGUAUUCAGACCCCUUGACUUUUUCCACAUUUUGUUACGUUACAGCCUUAUUCUAAAAUUGAUUAAAUUCUUAUUUUUCCUCAUCAAUCUACACACAAUACCCCAUAACGACAAAGAAAAAACAGGUUGUUAGAAAUUGUUGCUAAUUUAUAUAUGUAAAAAAAAUGAAAUAUGACAUUUACAUAAGUAUUCAGACCCUUUACUCAGUACUUUGAUGAAGCACCUUUGGCAGCGAUUACAGCCUCGAGUCUUCUUGGGUAUGACGCUACAAACUUGGCACACCUGUAUUUGGGGAGUUUCUCCCAUUCUUCUCUGCAGAUCCACUCAAGCUCUGUCAGGUUGGAUGGUGAGCGUCACUGCACAGCUAUUUUCAGGUCUCUCCAGAGAUGUUUGAUCGGGUUCAAGUCCGAGCUCUGGCUGGGCCACUCAAGGACAUUCAGAGAGUUGUCCCGAAGCCACUCCUGCGUUGUCUUGGCUGUGUGCUUAGGGUCAUUGUCCUGUUGGAAGGUAAACCUUCGGCCCAGUCUGAAGUCCUGAGCGCUCUGGAGCCGGUUUUCAUCAAGGAUCUCUCUGUACUUUGCUCCGUUCAUCUUUCCCUCGAUCCUGACUAGUCUCCCAGUCUCUGCCGCUGUAAAACAUCCACAUCAUGAUGCUGCCAUCACCAUGCUUCUCCGUAGGGAUGGUGCCAGGUUUCCUCCAGACGAGAUGCUUGGCAUUCAGGCCAAAGAGUUCAAUCUUGGUUUCAUCAGACCAGAGAAUCUUGUUUCUCAUGGUCUGAGAGUCCUUUAGAUGCCCUUUGGCAAACAACAAGCGGGCUAUCAUGUGCCUUUUACUGAGGAGUGGCUUCCGUCUCGCCACUCUACCAUAAAGGCCUGAUUGGUGGAGUACUGCAGAGAUGUUUAUCCUUCUGGAAGGUUCUCCCAUCUCCACAGAGGAACUCUAGCGCUCCGUCAGAGUGACCAUCGGGUUCUUAGUCACCUCCUUGACCAACGCCCUUCUCCCUGAUUGCUCAGUUUGGCCAGGCGUCCGGCUCUAGGAGAGUCUUGGUGGUUCCAAACUUCUUCCAUUUAGGAAUGAUGGAGGCCACUGUGUUCUUGGGGAAAUGUUUUGGUACCCUUCCCCAAAUCUGUGCCUCAACACGAUCCUGUCUCGGAGCUCUACGGAUAAUUCCUUCAACCUUAUGGCUUGGUUUUUGCUCUGACAUGCAAUGUCAACUGUGGGACCUUAUAUAGACAGGUGUGUGCCUUUCCAAAUCAUGUCCAAUCAAAUGAAUUUACCACAGGUGGACUCCAAUCAAGUUGUAGAAACAUCUCAAGGAUGAUCAAUGGAAACAGGAUGCACCUGAGCUCAAUUUCGAGUCUCAUAGCAAAGGGUCUGAAUACUUAUGUAUAUAAGGUAUUUCUGUUUUUAAUUUUCUAUACAUUUGCAAAAAAAUCUAAAAACCUGUUUAACUUUGUCAUAAUAGGGUAUUGUGUGUAGAUUAAUGAGGAUUUGUAUUUAUUUAAUCCAUUUUAGAAUAAGGCUGUAACGUAACAAAAUGUAGAAAAAGUGAAGGGGUCUGAAUACUUUCCGAAUGCACUGUAUGUCAGUUUCAAAAGUUGGAAAUGUUUGAAUAUUUAAUCAGCUACGGUUCAGCACUGACGAAGUCAGGUGAUGGCUUUGUGUUGGUUUCCUAUUCUGCCUGUGACUGUCAUGGUUCAGUCAACUGUCAGAGUUUCCCGAGCUAGCCUCCCUAAUGGCUUGGGGAUAGAGGAAACUGAGAGGUGGACUGGGCUAGUUAGGGCACAAACCACAGAGAAAUGGAGAGUAGCCUAUGUGAGGCCAUUGUCCUGCAGGAUAGGGCCAUAGGCAGCGUCUUCAGUUUCCUGUGCUGUGGUGCAUUAUUCAUAGAGGACAUGCCUAUGUGGCGGAAGCAAGCAGCAGCGGCUGCAGUAGGAAGAGUGGCAGUGAAAGAGCUAGGCCUGUGUUUGUGUGUGUGUGUCUGUGCUGACUCCUCAGUCCUCAACAUUAUGAAAGCACACAGGCUUAGCUCUUUCCUCUCUAGUCUGUUUCCGUGCACACACACACUUGCACACACACAAGGUCAUUCAUUAACGUUGCCAUCACGACAGACAUAACGCAGUCCCUCAGCCUCCCUUUAUCUCACCAAAGUCUCAGUUGCAGAGCUGUGGAAGUAGGCUUGGGCGAUAUACCGUUUAUUCCGCACACCGGGGUAUUUCGAAAUAUCGACGGUAUGAUUUUAAUGCUGUAAAUAACAAUAAUAAUUGUAAAAAAAUGCUGGGGGGGGGGGGGUUGGGGGCACCCCCGCCUCACAGGGGCUGUGGGGGUGCAUGCUACGCCAGUCCUUAUACAGUGCAUUCAGAAAGUAUUCAGACCCCUUGACUUUUUCAACAUUUUGUUACGUAACAGACUUAUUCUAAAAUUGAUUACAUCGUUUUUUCCCUCAUCAAUCUACACAUAAUAUCCCAUAAUGACAAAGCAAAAACAGGUUUUUAGAAAUGUUUGCAAAUGUAUUACAAAUAAAAACCGGAAUAUCACAUUUACCUAAGUAUUCAGUACUUUGUUGAAGCUCCUUUGGCAGCGAUUACAGCCUCGAGUCUUCUUGGGUAUGACGCUACAAGCUUGGCACACCUGUAUUUGGGGAGUUUCUCCCAUUCUUCUCUGCAGAUCCUCUCAAGCUCUGUCAGGUUGAAUGUGGAGUGUCGUUGCACAGCUAUUUUCAGGUCUCUCCAGAAAUGUUAAAUCGGGUUCAAGUCCGGGCUCUGGCUGGGCCACUCAAGGACAUUCAGAGACUUGUCCCGAAGCCACUCCUGCGUUGUCUUGGCUGUGUGCUUAGGGUUAUUGUCCUGUUGGAAGGUGAACCUUCGCCCUAGUCUGAGGUCCUGAGCGCUCUGGAGCAGGUUUUCAUCAAUGAUCUCUCUGUACUUUGCUCUGUUCAUCUUUCCCUCGAUCCUGACUAGUCUCCCAGUCCCUGCUGCUGAAAAACAUCCCCACAGCAUGAUGCUGCCACCACCAUGCUUCACCGUAAGGAUGGUGCCAGGCUUUCUCCAGACGUGACGCUUGGCAUUCAGGCCAAAGAGUUCAAUCUUGGUUUCAUCAGACCAGAGAAUCUUGUUUCUCAUGGUCUGAGAGUCCUUUAGGUGCCUUUUGGCAAAUAACAAGCGGGCUGUCAUGUAUUUUACUGAGGAGUGGCUUCCGUCUGGCCACUCUACCAUAAAGGCCUGAUUGGUGGACUGCUGCAGAGAUGGUUGUCCUUCUGGAAGGUUCUCCCAUCUCCACAGAGGAACUCUAGCGCUCUGUCAGAGUGACCAUCGGGUUCUUAGUCACCUCCUUGACCAAGGCCCUUCUCCCUGAUUGCUCAGUUUGGCCAGGCGUCCGGCUCUAGGAGAGUCUUGGUGGUUCCAAACUUCUUCCAUUUAGGAAUGAUGGAGGUCACUGUGUUCUUGGGGACCUUCAAUGCUGCAGAAAUGUUUUGGUACCCUUCCCCAAAUCUGUGCCUCAACACAAUCCUGUCUCGGAGCUCUACGGAUAAUUCCUUCAACCUUAUGGCUUGGUUUUUGCUCUGACAUGCAAUGUCAACUGUGGGACCUUAUAUAGACAGGUGUGUGCCUUUCCAAAUCAUGUCCAAUCAAAUGAAUUUACCACAGGUGGACUCCAAUGAAGUUGUGGAAAUAUCUCAAGGAAGAUCAAUGGAAACAGGAUUCACCUGAGCUCAAUUUCGAGUCUCAUAGCAAAGGGUCUUAAUACAGGUAUUUUCUUAUUUAUUUUUCAUAUAAAUGUGCAACAUUUUCUAAAACCUGUUUUUGUUUUGUCAUAAUGUGGUAGUGUGUGUAUUUUGAUGAGGAUUUUUAUUUAUUUAAUCCAUUUUAGAGUAAGGCUGUAACGUAACAAAAUGUGGAAAACGUGAAGGGGUCUGAAUUCUUUCCAAAUGCACUGUAACUAUAAGUUACGAAUAACUGUAAGAAAUCUAAGAUUUGUCAAAUAAAUUAUAUCCAGCUCAGGGUUCCAGCUAUGCAUUUGGUUUGCUAACUAGCUAGCUAAGUGGCUAGAUGUCAAGAUCAAGCUUCUUGGUUAUCGCAGAGACAUUCAAUCCCUACCUGGAUCAAGAUUCUUGUUGCGUAAAUUGUUUUGUGCGUCAAGACAAUUUAUACUUUUUUGGGGUGUAUAGCGCCCCUUGUGUGCACUUUCGGUAAUACUGUAUACCCUCGGUAUGGUACAGAAACGGUAUGACGGUAUGAAAAUCUGUAUACCGCCCAACCCUAGUGGGAAGGAUAAACAUCUGGGUCUGGACAGUGAGACAAUAUAUUCUGGCUUGUGUAAGUGCUCCUCACAUCUAUCGUUGCAAUGGCACUGUAUUAUGGAGUUAAACAGUGUAUACAGAGAGACAGUACUAGCCGGCACUGUUGACCCCUAUGACAGGGUGUGUGUGGAGUGGAUAUAUAGAGUAUCAGCUGGUUGACCUCACAUCUGUUAGUGCUUUAAGUGUUUAAAGUGGUUUAAAAGGACAUUUUAUUGCCUUCAGUAAUGAUUCACCAGCCUAAUCUAGUAUUUACGAUUCAAUGCAUUUGUAGGAUUCUGCACAUUCUAUAGAAUUAUACUAAAUCGUUACAAUAUUACACACAAAUAUCUAUUUAGAAGAGAUUUGACAUCUGUGAUAUCAAUUUGGACUGAUUAAAGAUUCAACUCUUGGACCGUGACCCUAUAAUUCAACACUGCUAGUAUUUUCUUUAAAAAGAUGUGUAAGUACACGUUUACCAUGUAAAUGGCAGGUGUACAGGGGCUGUAAAGUAAAAUGUAAACUAAGAUAGUGGAUAAUAAAGAAAAGCAUAACCAGAGAUCCAUGUCUCCUAUUACUCCCCAGAUACCUGUUGGAGCAGGAUUUCCCUGGCAUGCGGAUCGGGCCGGAGCCCACCACAGACUCCUUCAUUGCAGUGAUGCAUGGAGACACGGAGGGGCUGAUCCCUGGCAAUGCCCUGGUGGUCGACCCCAAGAAACCCUUCAGGAAGCUCAACGCCUUCGGAAACGCCUUUCUCAACAGGUGAGACUAUAGCAGUCCACAUAUAGUGUUUGAAUUCAUCUAAAUAGAUGGAUGACUCAUGUUUGUAUACAGCAAAUGAAAAGCUCACUGUUACGGGUUGUUUUUAGUUUCCUUAUCAAAGAUGGAAGGGUGAAUGUUCAGUAACUUAUUAGCGUUGAAUAUGAAUACUGUGCAUCAAAGAUGGUUGUUUUUUGAGUUCCACAUUUUAAAGGCCCCUGGGAGAAUACGUUUUUCAAACUUGCUUUGAGUUUGUUGCUCAAUUGCCCAAAACAAUUAUCUGGAACUCUUCUAGUGAGUCAUGUGAGUGUUUCUCUGUGCUCCUGCUGAGUUUCAAAUAAGUGUCAGAUUACCAUUUAAUUUGACAUUUCAAUUCAUUUUGGAAUACUCGCAGUGCUUUGAUUUAUGUAGGGAAGCAAUGUAAGUUGCUUAGCUUACAGGUCCCAUGUAGCUCAGUUGGUAGAGCAUGGCGCUUGCAACGCCAGGGUUGUGGGUUCGAUUCCCACGGGGGACCAGUAUGAAAAAUUUAUGCACUCACUAACUGUAAGUCGCUCUGGAUAAGAGCGUCUGCUAAAUGACUAAAAUGUAAAUGCCAAAGUAUGAAAUAUUUCUCUGUUGGCAUGAAACUCACCGUCCUUGAGAAAAGGAAAGGGAGGGAGGUGCGAGAGUGAAAAUUAAGUUUAGCCUUUCUCAACGGUAGCUGUGUUUACUAUGUCACAGGAUUAUAUCAUGUCACAGGAUGAUAUCAUGGCACGAGGAGAGACUCCUGAACCUGCUACACAAGCUCUACAUUCCACCUCUGAUUGAAUUUCCCUCUGCUCACCGCCCAGGGUUUCCCCUUUGCGGCAGACUGUCAGUGGGUCUGUUUACCCUUAUCAUCUGAUGUGUGUGUGUUGUACAUACCUCACACCUCGCUCUGGGUAAGGGCUCGCUGCUUGCUGCUCGCUGCCUUAUUAACUAUAAAGGGUUUCUUAAUUAUGCCAUUCAUACUUUGGAUCACAAGAGGGUGAGGGAGCAAUCCACUUAGGGUUUCAACUGUCAGGCUGUGGUCUCAUAGCGUGUUUCCUGAGGGAGAUGCUAUGAACACAUGGUUUGUGAUGGUUUCUGCAGGUGGCUCUGACAAUGUUAAGUAGCAUAACAAAUGUGUGGAGUAAGGGUUAUUAGGGUUCUUGGCGUACGGCCGCUGUUUGUUGUGCAAAUCUGCAGAUCAUACCACACAGGAAGUAUACAGAAAGUUGGCUUGGCUCAGAAAACAGUUUGAAACAGAUAACAAUGUGUAUAAUGCACGUUCCCCAAGCGAAGUGAAGAGUCCAAGAGUAAAGGGUAGAGUUCAGCUCAACUAUGUAUCUAACAUUCUGAUUUAUUAUCAGUUGUAUUUCCAUCAGUGUGAACAUGUUUCCAUAGAUAAGAAACAGCCAAUCUCACAGUUGUAACCUGGUUAAAUGUCAAACAUUACCAGUUGCCUUUUCGAAUCCUAAGACUAACUUGGUCAAUACUUUAUUUUACAUGAAGAACAGCUGACUAUCUGUCUGUGUGUCUAUGUGUCAGUCUGUGAGUAUUUGUCUUAUGUCCGUCUGACUCUUUUUCUGUGUCUGAUUUGAUCAUGUAGGCUCUGUAAUUCUUCGGUGUUGGGCUAUCUAUCUGACCAUGUCUAUGGCCAUGUCUGUGUGUCCUGUAGGUUUGUGUGUGCCCAGCUGCCCAACCCUGUUCUGGAGAGCAUCAGUGUGAUUGAUACUCCUGGUAUCCUGUCUGGAGAGAAGCAGAGGAUCAGCAGA